CCUUUUAACGUGUUCGUUUAUUCGUAUUGUGUGAUCGCGUAUCGUAUGUGCGUGUGUUAAAAUACCUUCACCGCGUCGGAAACGUCGAAGGAUGGAGACGGACGAAGUGAACUCUGGUGACCUUUUUGGAGAUGCCGAUCAACGACGAUUGUCGCAAGGCCGUGUUCCCGUUCCUGUCCAAGCCGCGCAUCCAAGCGGCCUGCUGCAAGGAGUUUUCUCAACCCAGGAGCAGUAUAGUGGACGCCGGGAAGGAACUGCAUUCGCGCCGCCGCCAUCGCUGCCAGGUCCAGCGCCAUCGUUUUUCACUCCAGCGCCAUUGCAAGCGCCCGCGCCAUCGCAGGCGCCCGCGCCAUCGCAGGCGCAACGUCUGGAGCAGCAUGAUGACCCGAUGCUGAAAACGUUAAAUUUGCUUCAACAGCAAAUGGCCCAGCAACAGAAGAUUCUGAAUGAGUUUUUGCAGCAACGCCUUAUAAGUCACGGCGCUGCAACAACCAGUUUUAGUCAUGAACAAAUAAUUGAUUCCUUGUCUCGAAAUAUUUCAGAGUUCCGGUUCGAUACGGACACGGGAAUCACGUUCAAAAACUGGUACUCACGCUACGUAGACUUGUUCCAGAAAGAUGCUGCUAGGAUCGACGAUGCUGCGAAAGUCCGGUUAUUGCUGCGGAAACUGGGAGCUGCCGAGCAUGACCGUUAUUUGAGUUUCAUCCUGCCAAGCCGCCCGUCCGAUUUUUCGCUCGAGCAAACGGUGGAAAAGCUGUCAACCCUCUACGACUACCAGGAAUCGCUGCUGAGUAAGCGAUUCAGAUGCCUGCAGUUAGUGAAGAAGCGGAACGAAGACCAUCUAAGUUAUGCCUGUCGAAUCAACAAGGCGGCCGUUGAAUUCGAGCUCGGCAAGCUCAACGAGGAGGACUUCAAGUGCUUGCUAUUCGUCUGUGGUAUGAAGGACGAGACUGAUGCAGACAUACGAACACGCUUGCUGGCAAAAAUAGAGGACCAUAGCAUGACGUUGCAACAGCUAGCCGCCGAAUGCAGUAGAUUGGGAAAUUUAAAAAAAGAUAGUGCGAUGAUCGAGACACCGGGAAAUGAUCGAGUUUUGGCAGUGAACCUGAAAACGCCCUACCCUCAGAAAAAGUUUCCAAAUGCCUCAAAAGCGAAUCCCAGCAAACCAUGUUGGCUCUGCGGAGGUACACACUGGGUGCAUGACUGCAGAUAUCAAGCACACCAGUGUACGAUCUGUUCCAGAACGGGACACAAAGAGGGUUUCUGCAAAACAGCAAAUCGCCAGAAGUAUAAUAAGCCGAAAUAUAAAAAGCAAGGCAAAACACAGACCAGAGUAGUUACGGUGAACGUGCAUAGUGUUCAGAAACGCCGCAGAUAUGUCACUAUUGCAAUGAAUGGCACGCCCGUCCGUCUGCAGCUUGAUACGGCAUCUGACAUCACAGUCAUUGAUCGUGAAGCUUGGAAAAAGAUUGGCAGUCCGACAUUAUCACCACCGGCAGUGGUUGCACGAUCAGCUUCUGGCACUAAUUUGGCACUAGACGGGGAAUUUGUAUGCAAAGCCAGUGUAGGCAAUCAGACCAAAGAAGCUACAAUUACUGUUUCCCCGACACGUUUAAUGCUUUUAGGUGCUGACCUCAUCGAUCUUUUUGCUCUUUGGUCUUUACCAAUAGAUAAUUUCUGCUGCCAAGUACGAGGUACUAAAUUCACGUCGCAAAGAACGUGGCAAGAACGUUUUCCUAAAGUAUUCCAAGGAACCGGACUUUGUAAGAAAGGAAACGUAUCUUUUGCUAUAAAAGAAAAUAGUCGCCCUGUGUUUCGCCCUAAACGACCAGUGGCUUACGCCGUACAAGAAGCAGUAGACCGAGAGCUAGAUCGACUUCAGGGCAUAGGAGUAAUAACUCCAGUGAAGUUUUCACAAUGGGCAGCACCGGUCGUUGUAGUAAAAAAAGCAAAUGGUGCCAUUCGCAUAUGUGGAGAUUACUCCACUGGCCUCAACGAUGCGCUACAGCCAAAUGAUUACCCGUUGCCUUUACCGGAUGACAUAUUUUCAAAGUUGGCUAAUUCAAUAAUUUUCAGCAAGAUAGACCUAACCGAUGCUUUUCUGCAAGUGGAAGUCGAGCCGCAGUACCGCCCACUGCUUACAAUAAAUACGCAUCGCGGGUUAUAUCAUUAUAACCGCCUUCCACCAGGAGUUAAGGUCGCUCCAGCUGCGUUCCAGAUGAUCAUGGACAAAAUGUUAGCCGGUCUAAAUAACGUUUCUGGAUACCUGGAUGACAUUAUAGUCGGGGGCACUUCAGAAAAAGAGCACGACGAGAUUUUAGCCAAAGUAUUCCAACGCAUUCAAGACUUUGGAUUCACGAUUCGUGUUGAUAAAUGCGCAUUUAAAAUGCAGCAAAUAACAUAUCUCGGACACGUAAUUGAUCGUCGUGGACUAAGGCCUGAUCCCGCAAAAAUCCAGGUUAUCAAAAAUCUUGCUGAACCAACAGAUGUCACCGGUGUUAGAUCCUUUUUGGGUGCAAUCAACUUCUACGGGAAGUUUAUACCAGACAUGAGAAAGUUGAGGCAUCCUUUGGAUAAUUUACUCAAGGCAAAUACUCCAUUUCAUUGGUCGUCGGAAUGUAAACGGGUUUUCAGAGAGUUUAAGACGAUUUUAUCGUCAGACCUACAAUUGGCUCACUACGAUCCGCAAGAAAAGAUUGUGAUCUCGGCGGACGCAUCAUCAAUUGGCCUUGGGGCAACUAUAAGCCAUCUGUACCCCAAUGGUCUCAGACGUGUAGUACAACACGCUUCUCGUGCCCUUACUGAGGCAGAACGUCAGUACAGCCAGAUCGAUCGAGAGGGACUAGCGAUCAUUUACGCAGUAAAAAAGUUCCACAAAAUGAUUUUUGGUAGGCAUUUUACGCUUCAGACUGAUCAUCGACCUCUACUGCAUAUAUUCGGAUCGAAGAAAGGCAUCCCAAUAUUUACUGCUAACCGUCUUCAGCGUUUCGCGCUUACUUUGCUGGCCUACGAUUUUAACAUUGAGUACGUGCGCACCGACGAUUUCGGAAAUGCUGAUUUGCUCUCACGACUCAUUAACACGCACACCAAGCCAGAUGAAGACUGUGUUAUAGCAAGCGUGAACUUGGAAGAAGACAUUAAAUCGGUGGCAAUAAGCGCGCUUGAUUCACUACCGCUGAACUUUGCUGAUCUCGCCAGAGAAACAAAACGAGACCCACUUCUGAAAAAGGUGUCAGUUUACAUCAGCGAAGGCUGGCCCAGAAACGCAGCGUUUACCGAUGAGCUUGCUCGUUUUAAUGCCAGGAAAGAUGCACUAACAACCGUAGAGAAUUGCAUUCUUUUCGGUGAGAGGGUGGUAAUCCCUAAAAAGCUACAACAAAAAUGUCUUCAGCAGGUGCAUCAGGGCCAUCCAGGAGUGCAGCGUAUGAAAGCGUUAGCUAGGAGUUUCUUUUAUUGGCCUACAAUAGAUGCUGACAUCGAGGAAUGGGUGAAGACAUGUCACCCAUGUCAAGCAGCUGCCAAAUCACCCGCACAUUCCGCUCCGGUACCAUGGCCGAGGGCAGCAGGCCCAUGGCAACGUUUACACGUCGAUUUUGCGGGCCCACUAGACGGUGAUUAUUACUUAAUUGUCGUAGAUUCGUUUUCUAAAUGGCCCGAAAUAAUCCGUACCAGUAAUGUUACAGCGAAAGCUACUAUAGCCAUGUUACGCUCACUUUUCGCUCGUUUUGGAAUCCCGAAAACGUUGGUAUCGGACAACGGUACGCAGUUCACCAGCGAGGAGUUCGGACUAUUCUGCGACCGCAAUGGCAUCGAACACAUCACAACGGCCCCCUACCAUCCGCAAUCUAACGGGCAAGCUGAAAGAUUUGUGGACACUUUCAAGCGAACAGUCAGAAAGAUAUCUGUGGAUGGUACCUCACUACAAGAAGCGCUGGAUACAUUCCUACUAGUAUAUCGAAGUUCGCCAAACCCUUCGUUAGGAAAUGCUAAGUCACCGGCGGAUAUCAUGUUGGGAAGGCAAAUGCGCACAACUUUAAACCUGCUCCGUCCACCAAGUCCUGAAACCAUUAGUAUGGAAAACGAACCGAAACCAAGCAGACAGUUCCAACCCAACGAUCUAGUCUAUUUUAAACGCUUCGCAGGUAACGGAUGGAGAUGGGUAGCUGGUACAAUUGUUAAGCAAAUAGGUCAUGUCAUGUAUAUGAUUGGAACGGAUGAUCAGAAAAUGUUUAGAUCUCAUAUUAACCAGAUACGCAAGCGCUACGAGAGGCAUCAUCACGUUCCGGCUUCGGUCACCCAUCGUAAGCUGCCGAUAGAUGUUUUGUUGGAUACUUGGCAGCUAACACCGCAACCAUCUACUGGCACGUCCCGCAUACCACCACAGCCAGUCGACCCCGAGCAUGUGGACAUCUCUGUGUCCCCUCAUCAGCCGUCAUCCGAGACCAACGGUCCUUAUGUUCCCGCUACAUCGCCAGCGACAUACACACGCCCGACGACACGACCUGUUCCAUCGUGUGCUUCGGCCCAGGUGCCACGACGGUCUUCUAGAGUUAGAAAACCGCCCAGUCGGUUCGACGUGUACCGUCGGUUUUAAAAAGAGGGGGAGAUGUUAGAUGAAAGAAUGCAGCCAGCUGCUCGCGUGCUCUCUCUGCAGUAAGCCGCUCUUACUGCAGUUGACGAGCCGUGAGCGCCUGAGAGCGAUCGGUCGGGGUGGAUCGUUCGGCUGCUGCGCGAAGAGCAGAAGACACUUCGCAUCGGGGCAGCGCGGCGUACACAACUAAGCAAUAAAGCAUCCGUUAAGUUUAUAACUAUAUUUAUGUUCGUGUGUGUAUUGUCCAUUGUCGCAUAUAGCCACUAACGGACGUAAAAUUUACAUAUGCCCAUUUUGCCCCAGGGCUAUGCCCAUUUUACCCCGCGUGUCAAAAUAGCUUCUCGUAAAACAUCAACUUUUAUUUUACACUGUUUUCAUGAUUUUACACAUCUCCACACUCAGCGUACGACAUCUUCCCUG